AUGCCUUCCACUCAAUCCACCAGUGCCCAAACCACCCUAACUUCCACCACCACCCCGAACAAGGGUGCGCUCGGUUCGAUCGGCCUUCGCGGUUCCUACGAGCCUUUGGUCGCCAAAAGUCUACUCGACGGGUACAAGAGCUCUGAUGUCACUCCCGUCAUUGGACGCGAGUACCCCGACCUUCAGCUGUCCGAACUCUUGAAAGCCCCUAACGCCGACGAGCUCAUCCGCGACCUCGCAAUCGUCAUCUCUCAACGCGGGGUGGCGUUCUUCAAGAACCAGUCGCUCACGAUUCAUGAGCAGAAAGAAGUCCGUCGGAUUUCACCAUUGACGUCGGACGCUCGGUUCCAAAUCAGCCAAUGUUAACCCACACGCCCUCUUCUCGGUUUCUUGCAGCUCGGCAACAAGCUCGGUGCUCUCAGCGGCCGGCCCUCGGCUUCGGGCCUCCACAUCCAUCCCACCGAGCGCUCUGCCGAGCUACCCAAUGACGUCUCAACCAUCUACUCGCAGCGUCAGGCGUACCACAAGCACAGGACCGCCCUCGGCCGCUUGGCAUCGCGUGGCUGGCACAGCGAGUGAGUCCGGGAUCCCAGCUCGCUAUUUCACCGCGCCCGUUGCCUGACUGACGUUUGGAUCGAAAAGCAUCACCUUCGAGCCUAUUCCUUCCGAUUUCGCAAUCCUCAAGAUCAAGACUCUACCCGAGACCGGGGGCGACACCCUGUGGGCCUCUGCCUACGAGGCGUACGACCGUCUCAGCCCGGCUUACAAGAAGUUCGUUGAGGGCUUGACCGCCGAGCAUGAGGGCAACGGCUUCCACCAGGUCGCUGCGGCGUAAGUAUCAACAAUCUAUGAAGUUCUUUUGCAAAUUAUUCAUUUCUAAUAUGUUCCCCUUCUCUACAGACAAGGCACUAAGGUCUACUCCGAGGUCAGGGGCAACCCAGCGAACGUCGGCAACGACCUUCGUGCGAUCCACCCCGUUGUGCGCACCAACCCAAUCACGGGUUGGAAGGGCCUCUUCAUCAACCAAGGCUUCACGAAGCGCAUCGUCGAGUUGACCAAGGACGAGUCGGACGAGACACUCGCGUACCUGUUCAAACUCUACAACCAGAACCACGAUCUUCAGGUUCGCUACCGCUGGUCCAAGAACGAUGUCGCCAUCUGGGCCAACGGUCCGACUGUUCACACUGGUGAGUCGUUCGCAACCGGUUUCCUCGUCAUCGGAGUAAUGUGCUGAAUUUGAUAGUCCCCACUAUUCCUACAGCGACGUACGACUAUGACGACACCCGCGAAGGGGAUCGCGUGGUCUCGCUCGGAGAGAAGCCUUAUUACGAUUCUCAAUCCGUCAGCCGCCGCGAAGCUCUCGGUAUUGAAUCGUUCGUUUAA